GGUUCUGCCACGCCCUUUUCAUCACUCCUGUUCCCGACAACAACCUCAACUAUACUACACCCCUCCACCUAGCGAUUGCUGCUAUCACCAAUUUCCAACCGUGGCAGCUGGCAAAUCCCCCUCGUUCCAUGGCAGUGGCGGGUAACCUAUCGCCUCUUGAGGAUCAGUACCAGAAAGAGUUCUACCGCUGUCUUUUUCCUAUAUUGGAUGGCCAUGUGAUAAUGUCGCCCGAGUUCAUCAUCGACUCAGGGCCCAAGGGUGGCACGAUUGACUUCCUUGUUGCUGGGAAGAAGUGAGGGUUAGAGCUUGUCCGAGAACGUGAUCGGCUCGUGGAACAUAUGAAAAGGUUUGAAACCGGUGGUCAAUAUUACAGCACGAUGCAAACAGGAGAAAUGGAACGAUAUAUCGUUCUCGACUUUACAAAUACGGCACCAAAGAAACCUCGUCCAGGUGACACGUCCCUGACAUCUCUUUUUCUCUUGACUAAUAUCUUCU